AUGCUGAAGAAAGCCAUCGCCGCGUCGGGUGGCCUCGGAAUUAUCGGGGCUGGGGGGGUGUACCUGCUGAAGGUUAAUUUUCACAAGAAUAUGAUUGACGGGGAUGUAACAUACAAGUACAGUUCUGUGAGGAGUAGAAGCGAAAUGAUUAGCCGCUUGAAGAAGAACCAAUUCGAUGUAUUAAUAAUAGGAGGAGGAGCCACUGGAGCAGGAUUAGCACUAGAUUGUGCCACAAGAGGAAUCAACUGUGCUCUAAUAGAUAAAGGUGAUUUUUCCAGUGGUACUUCCUCUAAGUCAACCAAGUUGUUACAUGGAGGAAUACGUUACCUAGAAAAUGCAGUAAAAAAUUUUGAUUUGACGGAGUUAUAUUUCGUAUGGGAGGCAUUGGGAGAAAGAGCCCAUGCGAUGAAAAUCGCUCCAUUCAUGUCUAGAUCGGUACCGAUUAUAAUGCCAAUUUAUAAAUAUUGGCAAGUGCCUUACUUCGCAUACAACAUAAAAGUGUACGAUUUAUUGGCCGACUUGGUAUGCUACUUCGAUAAGGGGGUACCUAACUCAAACUACAUUCGCCAUUCCAACACAGUGGAUGGCUUUCCUCUACUGAGGAAGGAACAACUGAAAGGAUCACUAGUAUAUUACGACGGCCAACAUAAUGAUAGCCGCAUGAAUCUGAAUUUGAUUCUAACAAGUACUAUGGAGAACUAUGUUCCUGGACAAGUGGGAUCCACUGUAUGUAACCAUAUGGAAGUGGUUGGCUUCAUAAAGGAUGAUGAUGGGAAGAAAAUAAUCGGUGUAAGAGCAAUGGAUAGAAUUAGUAACGAAGAAAUAGAGAUAUUUGCAAAUGUUAUUGUGAACGCUACAGGACCUCACGGAGAUGUUGUCAGAAAAUUAGCGGAUGAAACGGCUACUCCAGUUAUACAGAUAUCUUCAGGUUGCCAUUUCAUCUUACCAAAAUGGUACUCCUCCAAAAAUAAUGGAAUGAUUAUACCGAAGACUAGUGAUGGGAGAGUGCUUUUUCUGUUACCUUGGGAAAAUGCUACCAUCGUUGGUACUACAGAUGAACAAAGGGAACUUGAAGAGAACCCACAGAUUCAGAAAAAAGACACGGACUUUUUGGCUAGCGAAUUGUCCAAAUAUAUAAAUGUAGAUGCAGAGGAAAUUAAAAAUGAUAUAAAAGCUGCUUGGUGUGGAUUCAGACCCUUAGUUAUGGAAACCAAAGGAAAAAAAAAAAAAAAUGCCAAAAAGAAUUCCAAUAUCAAGGGUCAAGGUAAGGGAGAAGGAUCCACGAAUACAGAACCCAUAACGACACAUAAGAUAUCCAGAAGCCAUGAAAUUAUAGAAGAUGAUAAUGGACUUAUUAGCAUUUUAGGAGGUAAGUGGACAAUAUAUAGAAAGAUGGCCCAGGAUACUCUAGACUACAUAGCGAACAAACACUGUGAUAAGGUUAAAAGCAAGUACAACUGCAGGACGAAAUUUCUCAUGCUUCUUGGUAGUCAUGAUGAGGAAGGAAAACACAACAUGGACGACUUAACCUAUGGAAAUAGUAAGUUGAGUAAGAAACUAGUCCAGAAAUACAGCCAAAUAGAUUACGAUGUUGCGCAUCACCUCGUGUCCAAUUAUGGAUACCUCGCAGAGAAAGUCUGUGAUCUAGCUACGGAGUUAAAUUUGUUUAACAAAAUAGAUGCAUCAAAACCGUACAUCGAAGCUGAAGUGAUCUAUGCCAGUAGAUAUGAAUUCGCCUCCACCAUUUCGGAUAUUAUUGGAAGACGAUUCCGACUGGGGUUCGUCGAUUCUGCCGUGUCUGGCAAGGUCAUCUCCAAAAUUGCUAACCUUAUGAAGGACGAGUUGAAAUGGAACCGCGACCAAAUGAACAGGAACAUUGAGGAAGCCAAGUUGUACAUCCGCUCCCUCUCCCUGGAGUGA